AUGGUUGGAAUGCAGACUUUGCCGGAAGAUUUUCAAGCUGUUAACGAUAAAUCAGAGGAGACGAGUUUUUCACUCGUGAUUCAUUUCGCCGAAUUGGACCUGAACGUCUUUGCAGAAAAUCUAUGCCGCCUUCUGGCGGGGUGGCAGCCAGUCGGUCGGUUCCUGCCUGACUCAGACUCGCUCGACUUCAGACUCUGUUUCGGCGUCGACUUUGACCGACUAUUUCGGCAUCAGACGUUGCCUGGACGAGUCGUGGAUUGUCGCGGUGGUGACAAAAAGGCUAAGCCCCAGCGCGUUGCUCAAACAGAGAAAGGAUCUCCUACAAAAGAAACAUCUCCCGACCGAUCGCCAAACCACUGUCAAGCGAAUGCGAAUGCGUUUGAGAAACGGGAAUCCAUGUACUCAAUAUUAGAUCAAGAUCUUCAGUUGAGCGAAGACUCGGAAUCGGAACAUGAGGAACAGGAACCGACGUCGACCGUGGUUCCGACUACCGAUCAAGCUAAGGAUUCGCCGAAGCUGCGCCGGUCAGAAUUGAAGAAAAGUCGGAAGAACUCGACCAGGUGCUUAAAUCGAGUGCCUUUCGGCUGA